AUAUAUAUCAGCGUAUCCAUAUUCAUAUCUUAUCGUGAAACAUGCGCUAGAGCUUACUGUGAAUCAUCAAGCUACUGCAAAUCUUUGAAAGAAACAAUCGAAAUUCAAAUACGUAAAUAAUUGCUUACAAUUAAGAAAGUGCAUUAAAAAUGGAUUCAUCGAGUCUGCUGAUUAUAUUGGCCGUCGUUUGCUUCUGCCUGUUCAUCAUACGCUCGAUUAUGAUUGCCUAUCGGUUUUAUAUGCUCAAGCAGCUGAAGGAAAUGUCGCAAGGUGAGCAAGCACGACGUGAAAUGGAAAUAAGCGUCACCAACAACAACAGUAACAUGGGCAAUGGCGGCGUUUGCCUUGAAGUGGACAACAACGACAUGACCAUAUUGCCAAAGGGUAUGGAUCUACCGCCCAGCUACGACGAACUUAACAUCUGUAACAAGGACGGUAACUUGGGUGCCUCCACUCUGACCAUCACAACGGACUUGGGCUGCAGCAAUCCGAAUCUGAUUGCAGCAGCAGCUUUAAAUGAGCCACCGCCAGAUUAUCAGGGAACCAUAGACAUUGUCGAAGCUCCGACAACCGCCACAACUAUAUCUACAACAACAGUUGUUUCGGUUGCGCCUAGAAUCUAAACAUAAACGCAACAUUUCAAUUAUA